AAAAGAAGAAUUGGGAUAAGCUCUAGUGUUUGUUCUUGUCACCAUAACAUGUGUUAUCCUUUCAUAAGUCCAAAGUGGACUAUCGAGCGUGCAAACACGGAUACUAUAAUGACCACUAUAGGUGCCAUUCUGACUGUAGAUGAGUCUAUUAGAUCUGUAAAUGUUCCUUACUUGGACCAAGCGGUCCAGACUGACCCUAACUGUAACAGAAUAUGACGUGAAGGAUACGGAGCACAUGCGCAGCCUUAUUCAUAGUCGUCAUCAAAUGAUUGCAGGAAUGGUCUCAUCUAGAACUUGACAUAUUAUAAUACGAUAAUAUAUCACCAAUCGGUGGACUGUACUUAGAAGAAGAAGAAGACAUAUUGCGCAUCUAUCGAAUCAAUUAAUUGAGGUUCUCCCAAGAAGCAGUGCAACUUUCUCUUAAUUACGGACGGCGUAUGCGGGCUAAUUUCGAGAAGAGUUCCCCAUUUCUCGCGCGGAUUCUCGAGAAGAAACAACCGGAAUGGUGUCUUAUCCUCAAUAAAGUACAUAUUCAGUUUAGGAAGUCUGCGAACGUCCACGGACCCGAUAAUCAUCCACUUCUACGUAGGUUCCCUACUCUUAGCAAUCCACAACGAAAGUGCCAUCUAAGCCACAGAUUGGUGCGUCACAACAAAGGCAGCAUCGACCGGUACCUAUUCAGUUCGCUGGCCAGGAACAUGCAUGGGAACAAUAGAAGAUAUUGAUCGGAGCCAAGAGGCAGUCUAAUCUGUUCCUCGUCAAUUAUUGAUCGCUAUUCAUCCUUGGAUUCCUGAAAGAAGAUAAUAGUCACGGAGCCCUAUCAUAUGACUUAUCAGGGUAAACCCUUCUGUUUUUAUUGCGCCAGCAUUAAAGCUACAUGACAAAAACGACAUUUGAUCGUGGUAUCUUAAGGUCGGAGUCGUCACUUUGCAGGAAAUAAACCAACGAUCGUGAGCAUAGUUUUCUUUAUGAUUUAGGGUGAUGGUAGACAGUAGUAGCUUCUUCUUCUUCCUCUGCUUUGAUUGGCAAACAGUCAUAUUUCGUCAUAGCGUACAAGUAUUCGGUCAUUAACAUCAAGGUUUUCGGCGUUCUUCAUAAUGUUAUUUGGCUGUACGGUUAAUACAUAUUCUUCAAGCGUUUGAUGAUAUAUUUAUCACAGACCGGAUUUCUUUUAUACAUCUACAUCUUUUCUGGUACUCUGCAACAUCAACUCUGGGAUAGAACUCUGACAAUGAAAACUUAGCCUACGUGUGAAUGGUUAUACAGACUACAUAGUUCUAUAGGCCGGUUUAGUUGCAAGGUAUCAAGAUGUCAGCCCAGCGGAUAGCAAGGAGAAAGAUUUCGGCUGAGAAGCUUGCCUCGGCUGCCAAGACCUCCAACAACCAAAUCGACGAGGAACUCGUCACCGACGAUUAUGAAACGAAGAUGAAGUCGAUAGACUUGAGGAACUGCAUGGAUAGGGUGGAUGGCAACCUUUCCCCGGCCUCGAUCAGGAGAAAGAACACGCGGUCGAAAAGCAUUCAAAAUUCUGACGUCAUGUCACAUGAUGAGUCGAUGACUUUCGCAAGAAGACAGGUACGAUCAGCGUCAGAUGGACAUUUCACAUUUGAUGCGAUGCAGAGGAGGUUGGGGUUGUCAUCCGUGACGUCAGAUGAAACAUUCGACGAAUCGGAUGAGAUAAAUGAUCACGUGGUGUCGGGAAGGAGCCAAUUAGAUGACUUGAUUUCACCACGAUCGUGGUCCGAUAUGAUCGCGAAUGACACUGCUAUCGAGACAGAAAACAAGCCUCAACAUAAUGUGAAUAAUAAUAAUAAUCACAAGAAUAAACCUUCUACAGAAACUGGGCGAAGGAGUAGCAAGGGUGUGGUGAAAGGAAUAUACGUUGAAGAUGUUACAUUUCAUGACGUCAAUUCAAAUCAACCAAUCAGAUCGUUUGAGGAUAAAGAUGACUUGAUAACACCGCGUACGUGGGGUGAGAUGGUAGCUGAAGAUACUGCAUCACGUUACCAAAACCGUAAGAGCAGCCAAUCAGAACAAGGCCAAGGCUCACAACAAGAUUCGUCACACAGAGAAGGAAGUGAGCAGCUGGAUUUUUUGGCGUCCUCGAUAGAGUUUGCCUGGCCUAAGGACCUACCUUGCAACGGAUCGCUAUCACGUGAUUGCGUUACACCGGAAACUGACGAUGAUCAGCCGAAGGCAUCCUGGGAAAAAUCAAACGGCUUUGCUAGGUUGGAAUGGAAUCUGCGCAUGUUGAAGAGGAACCUGUUAGCAAUGAGAAAAACGGACCAGAAGAUAUUUCGCCAGCUCCUGAGUAAUUACGAGACGAUUGGCCACUUGUCUGAUCACGUGACAUUUUCAUCGGAAACGCCUUCGCCGUUGCCACCUUCAUCUUCCCCAUGUCCACUCACUUCGAGGUCAACUCCGAGUAGCCCCGAGAAAUGCCGAUCAUAUUCGUCCAUUACGCCGAUGACAACUCCGGGAGAUACCGAACUGUUCCGAAUCAUCCGAGAAGCUCUGGAUCAGCCAGGGGCUUUGAACAUUCGACAUAUUGUAGAGCAGUUAUCCCCGAUAAGGCGACGAAGGAGUAGCGAACCGACUCCGGUAGAAUACGAAGAUCUUCCUCCGGAUUUUGGCGAGGAAGAUGAUGAGGAAUUAGAAGACCUCUUGAGUCUGUCCUGUCCAGUAUUCAAAGAACCGAAAGCCCCGAUGAAUCACCACGGCAGCAGUGGAACCAAACUAUGACACACAUGAUAUAAAUCCAUAGACUCCCAAGAAUGCUAAGACCAGGGCAUUAUUGAUACGCUUACGAAUUAAUUCUAGAUUGUCUUCACCAAGGGAAAAUAGUAAAGGGAUGUAAAGUAUCAAAUGGCACUGUAAUUGCAAAAGCUCAACCCCAGGCGAUUGAGUUUUGCAUGCGUUGGUAAUCUGCAGCUGGCAAAUCUCUGACAACUCUGUUUGUACGUACUCCUAUAUAUCCUCUGAAGGAGGGCGCUAUGAGAUUAUGACGUCAUAUGAGUAAGGUCUAUAUGAAGUUACAAUCUCAUUUAAAUUUCGGAAAAAAUGUAAAUCAUUGUUAUGUCAGGGUGGUCUUCCCCCUUUACGUGCUACUUUCAGCUAUGUAUCUGCACACGGUGAAGUUGGUCUUUAUUAAUUUGUUUUAUACAACGCUGCUUACUCUCUGAACUGUUUACAGUUGUUGUUUAACAAAUAUUUAACAUUAAACAAACUCUGUUCUUAAACAUUUAAACACUUGUUAAACUGUUAAAAAAAACUGUCGAAAUUCACAUAUAGCAAACGGCGUUGUAUAAAAUUUUAAACAACGUUUUACCAUGCAUUAGCUAGUCUGGUAUGCCUCGAUCAUACCUGAAAAAUAUAAAAGGUGGUGUUUUUGUUCAUAAGGUAUUCUAAGUUGUUCUUAAAAAAACUACAGCAGCCAUGAGUAUUUUUGUCUUCAUUAGCAUAAUUAUGAAAUUAGCAAAUGGAGCAUGAUUGGAUAUAUUUUUAAUGUUAACCCCGGUGGAGGGGGGGGGGGAAGAGAAAUUAUUCAUUCACUGCUAUUUAUUUAUUUCACAUAAUUUUCCAUUUUAAUUUUUUUCAGUUGUCCUGAAUAUAACGAUUAGCAUAAUUCAUUAUCAUAUGGAAAAAAAUAUAAAUUAAUAUUCAACAAAAGUGUAUAUGGUCUUAGGCCACAUAGUUGCUAUCAAUCCUCAUUUGAUAUUUCACCAAAAUUAUUAACAGCGUAAGUUUUGGACUUUUGUUUCAUUUUUUUUUUCAUUCCAAACGUAACUUCACCUGGGAUAGGCCACUGCAUACAAUUUAUAAUUCACUCAUUCAAGCUCAAUGGUUUUGUGUUUAGUGUGGAAGUUCAGUGGUUUUAGAGAGAAUAUAGCCUAUAUAUUUUUCAUUACAAAGAUUCGCAUGGAAUUACAAUACAAGAACUCUGACAGAGAUAAGUAUGAAUAUAAGAGUACAGCCAAGGAGAGCGUUUCACUGAGAAUUAUCGGCUGACAAAUUGUAAGAUUUGAUAACUUUCCUUGUCGGAUAAAGCUCUAACAACUCACUUCAUGAACCACUCCCCUGGUCAAUGAGAUCAAUCAGGUAGGGCCUACAGAUGUGUUACGAUGUGUAACGAUGUGUUACGGUGUGUUACGAUGUUUAACGAUGUGUAAUGACAACAAAAUUAAUUCUGACAGUAUCAAACAAUUUAUUAUUACAAAUGUAUCUCUCAUUCCCAUUUGAUGAUAUAACAUUAAGAAUUGUGUGCCAAAUAAUUCUGGAGAAAUUAAAUGCUAUUCGAAAAACACUA